UUAAAGUGGGUAUCCACAUUUCUGUUUGUCCAGUGCUCUCGCCAGUCGAAUAAUAAACGCAGUAUAGAACGCACGACGGGUCUUUUAUUUAUCAGUGGCGAACGAGGACGGUAAAAAAAUAUGGCGGUUAAGUUCGGUGAAUUUAACAUGGACACAGGAAACUGGACUUCAUAUUGUGAACGAUUAGAAAUGCAUUUUGUGGCGAAUGGCAUCGCGGCGGGAAAUAGAUUGCCGACAUUAAUAUCUAUUAUUGGUGAAUCGGCAUACGAAUUGAUGGUGAAUUUAUGUAGUCCGAGAAAACCGUUCGAAAUGAAAUAUGAUGACGUAGUGAAGCUUAUGUCGGAACAUUUGCAGCCAAAGACAUCUAUACUGGCUGCGAGAUAUGUGUUUAGGCAGCGAUUUCAACAUAACGGUGAGACAAUCACUCAAUACGUGGCUGAGUUGAAACGAUUGUCACGGUCGUGCGACUUCAAGGACAGACUAGACGAAAACCUAAGGGACCAGUUCGUGUGUGGGCUACGUAAUGAUACUAUACGACAGAGACUUUUCGCAGAAGAAAAUUUGGAUUGGGCAAAUGCAAAUAAAUUAGCCAAUAUUAUCGAGUCAGCGGCCCGGGAUGCAUCGGUAGUGGAUACGGCGGAGGUAACUACCUACAACAGCGCGGGAGACCGCUAUACAGCGACGUCAGCAGCGCGGGGACGGCGUUCCAGCAUCGCCGGCUCGAAUGAAACAGAGGACGUACAUCGGCUUUUUAGUGAGAUGGACCGUAUGAAAGUGACGGGGUGCUUCGCCUGUGGCGUCGGAGGACAUUACUGGAACGAAUGCCGCUAUCGUACUUUUGAGUGCAGUCGGUGCAGAAAAAUAGGCCAUCUGAGAAGGGUAUGUCCACUUGGAAAGAAACCUCAGGACGGAAACAAGGUUCGAGGGGGGCCGGUGCGUGGUGGCAUGCGCGGUGGCGGAGCGGCGAGCGCCAGCGGGCGCGGGCGGCGCGGCGCCGGGUGGCGGGCGGCGCCGGGCGGCGGUGGCGGUGCGCGCGCGCACUACGUGCAGGAGGACGACGAGGGCCGGGAGGGCCAGCACGGCGAGCAACAGGAGGAGGAGGAGCCCAUGUACUUAAUGUCACUUGGGAACUACAAGCCGGUAAACAUUAAAAUUUGUGUACAAAAUAAAUUAAUUAAUAUGGAAGUAGACACAGGUUCGGCAUUAUCAUGUAUUAGCGAUAAAGAAUAUAGACAAAAUUUCACUAAUUUCACGUUAAAAGAAUGUAAUUUAACUUUAAAAUUUUACAAUGGUUUAAAAGCGAAACCCCUAGGGGUUUUUGAAGUGAAUGUUACCUACGGCAAAGUAACAAAAUUAUUAGAUCUUUAUGUAAUUCAGAACGGCGCAACAAAUUUAUUAGGUCGCCAGUGGUUAGCAGAGUUAAACAUACCUAUACCAAAAAUAUCAAUUUCCACCGAAACAACUUUUAAUAACAUGGAAAAUGUAGAUAGUGAUAAAAUAAUAAAGGAUAUGUUUUGUAGGUACAAGGAGCUAUUUAAUGAAGAGCUAGGGAAGUUCUCCGGUGGGCGGGCCCGGCUCCGCGUGGGCGCGGGCGCGCGGCCCGUGUUCUGCCGCGCGCGCCCGCUGCCGUACGCGCUGCGCGAGCGCGUGGACGCCGAGCUGGACGCCAUGCUGCGCGCCGGCAUCAUCGAGCCCGUCGACCACUCCGACUGGGCCACGCCACUGGUGAUUGUGCAUAAGCCUGAUGGAUCGCUUCGCCUAUGCGCCGAUUAUAAGGUCACAUUGAAUCAAGCCCUGCUCGUUGACAAAUUUCCUGUUCCAAAGAUAGAGGAUGUAUUUUCUAAAAUUAGCGGUAGUCAAUAUUUUUCGAAAUUAGAUUUAUCGCAAGCUUACAACCAGGUGCUUUUAGAUGAUGAGUCAACUCAGUUAACUGUGAUAAAUACACAUCGAGGACUUUUUAAAUAUAACAGAUUAGUCUAUGGUCUAGCUUCCAGUCCGGGAAUUUUUCAAAGAUUGAUGAAUGAAUUGUUAAAAAACGUGCCUAAUGUUAGCUAUUUUUUAGACGAUAUUUUAAUCAGUACACCUACCCUUGAGCAAAAUAUAAAAACGGUAAAUAUUGUUUUAGAAAUUUUGCAAAAAUAUGGUUUAAAAAUUAAAAAGCAAAAAUGUUCUUUUUUUUCAAAUGAGGUGAAAUAUUUAGGGUUUGUGAUAGAUAAAGUGGGAAUAAGGGUAGAUCCAGAGAAAAUAAAACCAAUAACAUCAAUGACACCCCCAAAUAAUGUCAGUGAGUUAAGAUCAUUUAUAGGAAUGAUCAAUUUUUAUGGGAAAUUUAUUAAAAACUUGAGUGAACAGCUAGCCCCUUUGUAUAGUUUAUUAAAAAAACACUCUAGAUGGACUUGGGGUCCAAGUCAGCAAAGGGCAUUCAAUAAGGUUAAAGAAUUGCUAAAAGGGGCGCAAGUGCUUGCAUAUUAUGACAUAAACAGGCCGCUGGUGCUGACGUGCGACGCGAGCCCGCACGGGCUGGGCGCGGUGCUGGCGCAGCGGGACGCGGCCGGCGCCGAGCGCGUCAUAGCCUACGCUUCGCGCGCGCUCACGCCGCCAGAAAUCAAUUAUAGCCAGAUACAUAAAGAAGCUUUAGCCAUAAUCUUUUCGGUAAAAAAAUUUCACCAGUAUUUAUAUGGUCGCCAUUUUACAUUAAAAACUGACCAUAAACCAUUAGUAAGUAUAUUCGGACCGGGGGCAGGAAUACCAAAUAUGACAGCCAGUCGUUUACAACGCUGGGCACUAAUAUUAUCAGCCUACAAUUUUACGAUAGAAUACAUAAAGUCGGACGACAACACGGCUGAUGCAUUAUCUCGAUUGAUAUCUACAUAUAAGGAUAACUCAGGUAAAAACGAAGAGUAUCCAGAGCAAACUUACCUUCAUUUUGCAUCUGAAGCCCUUUUACUUGAUUAUAAUAUUAUUCGUAAGGAAACACAAAAAGACCAUAUUCUAAGUAGGGUGUUAAGCUAUAUUCGUGAUGGUUGGCCACAUGAAGUCGAUAUAAAGGAAUUAAAACCGUAUUACAAUCGUAGGUCGGAAUUAUAUUGCGAAUUAGACUGCAUUAUGUGGGGUCACCGGGUGGUCAUACCGGAAAGUUGUCAAAAUAAAGUAUUGCGCGAACUUCACGAUUCUCACAUGGGGGUGGUAAAAACUAAGAGCUUGGCUAGGAGUUACGUGUGGUGGCCGGGAGUGGACGAGGCAGUGGAGGCGCGGUGCCGCGCGUGCGAGGUGUGCGCGGCGCUGGCGAGCGCCCCGCCGGCGCACGAGCCGCGCGCGUGGCCGUGGCCGCCGCGGCCUUGGUCACGAAUCCACGUUGAUUUUCUGGGACCUAUUCAUGGCGUUAAGUACUUAGUCAUAAUAGAUUCGACCACCAAGUGGAUAGAGAUUUUUAAAAUGACAACCACUACCGCAAAAAUGGUUAUAAAUAAAUUUAGAGAAGUAUUUGCACGUUUUGGCCUGCCUAAACAAAUAAUCAGCGAUAACGGUCCACCUUUCUCGAGUGAUGAAAUGAAUGAUUUUUAUAAAUGUAACGGUAUAGAAUCAAUAUUUACAGCCCCAUAUCAUCCUGCUUCAAAUGGUGCGGCAGAAAAUGCAGUAAAGAUUUGUAAAAGGGUUAUUAAGAAAGCUUUGGUCCAACAAGUAGAUGUAGAUAUAGCUUUGAAUAGGUUCUUAUUGAUCUAUAGAAAUACCAGUCACAGUACCACGGGAGAAAGUCCCGCUCAACUUCUUUUCGGACGUUCUUUGCGAACUAGACUUGAUUGUAUAAAACCAGAUCGGGAAAAGAAAAUUGAUAAUUUACAACGAAAGCAAGGAAGUAUGGCCGGUGGUAGGUUACGUUCGUUUGAGGAAGGGAAAGACGUGUGGUAUAGAAAUUUUGGAACAGGAACUAGGUGGGAAAAGGGUACAGUUGUAAAAAAGUUAGGUGACACCGAUUACCACAUACGUUCGUUAGAUGGGCAAAUCGUACAUCGUCAUGUUGACCAAUUAAAAAGGCGUGAGCUAAAGAUAGAUUCAACUCAAGAGCGAAUGGGCGAGCGAUUAUCAGGGAAAACAGUGGCUGGGGCUAGAUCGGAGGGUUCGGGGCUCGAUGGUUUCGGCGCGGAAGAACCGCGGCCUCUCGCGAGCUCAGUGUGCGUCGCCGUGCCCGCCGCGGCUGCCCCCGCCGGCGAUGGCGGUGCCGCCGCGGACGCGGGGGGCGCGGGGGCGCGCGCGGGCCCGCGGGAGGCGGCGCCGGCGAGCCCGGGACCGCCACACCGGGAAUGUAGGAUACGUAGACCACCAGUUCGAUAUGGUUUUGAAAUUGAUUAG